AGCAACAAGCUACCAUACCGUGUAUGCAGCGCAAGAAGAAUUCGAUACAUCGGGCCAAAUCUGACCAAGUUUUAUCGUUAAAUUGCAGUUGGAAUGGGGCGUUCUUCUAAAGAUAAACGCGAUAUUUAUUAUCGUCUUGCCAAGGAAGAGGGAUGGAGAGCUCGAAGUGCAUUCAAGUUAUUACAGAUAAACGAAGAAUAUGAUAUUUUUCGAGGUGUUUCAAAGGUGGUUGAUCUUUGUGCUGCCCCUGGGAGCUGGAGCCAGGUGCUUAGCCGUAAACUGAGAAAGGAAGAUGGCUCUUAUGAUGGUACAAAGAUUGUAGCAGUAGAUCUGCAGGCUAUGGCUCCACUUCCUGGUGUCAUACAGAUCCAGGGUGACAUUACAAAGGAAUCCACAGCAAAUGAAAUUGUGUCUCACUUCGAGGGAGAAAAGGCUGACUUGGUUGUAUGUGAUGGUGCUCCUGAUGUUACAGGCCUACAUGACAUUGAUGAGUACAUACAAGCACAGCUUCUGUUAGCAGCUCUGAACAUCACCACGCAUGUAUUAAAACCAGAAGGCACCUUCAUUGCUAAGAUUUUCAGAGGAAAGGAUGUAACCUUGCUAUACUCCCAACUCAAGAUCUUCUUUCCCCAAGUCACAAUUGCCAAGCCAAGGAGUAGCAGAAACUCAAGUAUAGAGGCCUUUGUUGUUUGUCAACGAUAUGCUCCUCCUGUUGGGUAUACACCAAAUAUGUCCAACCCAUUAUUGGAUCAAAAGUAUGAUACUGAUUUCAACAAUCUGGAAGGUCCCAACCGUGUGAUCGUACCAUUUCUAGCUUGCGGUGAUCUUAGUGCCUAUGAUUCUGAUAGGAACUAUCCCUUAGAGAUCAAGCCUGGAGAAGGUUACACAUACCGUCCCCCAACACAGCAACCAAUCAACCCACCAUAUAAGACAGCGUGUGAUAUGAAGAAGAAAGAUCAGCUAGCCAAACCUGUCACAACAGUGGCAAGAUCUAGAGAACAGUUACAGGGAGAUCAAGCAGACGGCCAGGCGGAAGGGAGAGAAGACAGACAGGAUGGUGGUGGAGGGAAGCAGAUAGAGAGGGGAGAUGGAUCUGGAGUCACAGAGCAACAAGGAAUGGAUCUCUUAGGUGCCUGCAGCUCCAGCCAUGGAGCAUCAGCACAAGGAGGGGACACGGCCCAUGGAGGGAGGGCCCCUGAUGUGCUUGAUAUCCGGAGAGGCGUUCCAACAAGGAACGUUGAAAGUGGAGAGGAGGAAGGGCAACAUAGGGUCCUGGAGGUGAGGGGGAUGUUUCCUCCCGAUCUCAUAGGUGGAGCAGCCCAGGACGGUGGGCUUGAAGAUGUUGAGGGAGAUACCGAUGGCUCCAGGAGAAUGGAUCCUGCAGGAGCGCAACAUGGAGGUGGAGAUGAAGCUCCAGGUUUAAGAGCAGAAGGACCUGCUCCUGGGCUCUUAGAAGGAGCAGUUGGAGGAUAUGAUAUCGGCAGGGCUGGAGGUGUAUCAUUAGGUGGUGCAAUAGGAGCAGAAGGUGGAGCAACAGGGACAAUACCUAGUUCUAUAGAAGGAGCUAUUGGUGGUGCAGAGAUUGAACCACUCAACAGAACUUUACCAGGACCUUCUGGAAGGGCUCCAAGUACAUCCAAUGCUCCCACUCCUAAUCAAAUAUUAGAUGGAUCUUUAAUAGGCGCAGUUGGUGGACUAGACAUCAGUCCACCCAUCGACAUUGUUCAGCAGCGUUCACAACCCAGUAGGGGUGAUGCUUAUCCCUUGGAUGUCAUCGGGGAUAUCAACACCCAAAACAGGAUAUCCAGCUCAGAAGUUGUAAGACCACGCGUUCCUAGGCACACGAACAGUGACCAAGGGCCAUCCAGGAGACCUCAUCAAGGCAUUGGUCUGGACAUUGUGGACUUUGCCAGCGGUCAGAUGUCACCACAUGGCCGAGCGCCUCCUGCAAACCCUGGGGAUGUGCCUUCCAGCGGGAACAUAGACCAAGAACAAAGGACUCUGCAAGCUGGUUGCCAGAGAGGACCUCCACCUGAUGUGACAGGUGUGGAGCAGGGUAUCCUUGGUAGGAUAAAUGAUCUUCAUGUUGAUGAUAAUAGACAAGCUAGGAAUGAUUCUGAUGACUGGGUAUAGGGGACAAGGAUAAUCUAAACAACCAACUUCUGCAUUAUGAGAGUGAAACUAUCGACAUAUAACUUUGAGGCAAUUUGGAAUGGUGGAUUGUCUAAGAUAUAUUAUGGUGAUAUCAUAUAUACAGUGAUGUUACUUGUUCUUCUGAAUUCAAUUCUAACUAUCACCAACUUUGCAAUGGUUCUCUAGGGAGGUGUUUCACAAAGAUUUCAAGUCAAAGCAUGCUAAGUGCUAAUGUGCUUGUUCAGGUUGAGUUCCUCUCUGGCAACCAGCUUGCAGACUCCUUUGAUCUGCAAUAAGCUUAGCGUUUCGUGUCAUUUGCACAUCGGUAUUUAAGCAUGACUGGAAGUAAUACAUAACUGUUUGUGAAACAACUCCCAGAUCAUGUCAAUUUUAAUGUCAGAUAACAUUUGGGUAUUUAAGUGAUUGUUCAUACUGAAUUAUCAGUUUUCCAGAUUAUUUUACCUGUUUGCAAUAUAUAUAAAAUAUAUCUAUAUCCUUCUAAAUAUUUGAAGUACACUGUAGAUGAAGGGCAUUUUUAUAGCGUUUACAAAGAGAUAAAAAAACUAAUGCUCAAACUUGAGUAUUUAAUGUAUUUUUGCAGUUUCCUUUCUUAUAUUCAAUGGGAUCUGUUUUGCAAUUCUAGAAACAUCAUGUUGCCACAUCAUCUACUUGAAACAUGUACAGUCCAACCUCUCUUAUCUUGACAUGUUGGGACCAGCACCAAUCCGGAUCUGGGAGACCCAAUAUCAGUACAUGCAGCUGCCUCCCCAAAUAGUACAUGUAAUCUAUUUUAGUGGGCUUACACAGACAAUAUUCAAUGCAGUGUCAGUGCAAAUUAUAGGUGGUGUUUAACGGAAAUGAAAUCGAUUGGUUGCCAAACCUCUUGGAUAAUUAAUCUGUUGAAAUAAGAGCAUACCUCAAAAGAAAGAGAAUGACUCAAUGAAACUAAGUCGGCAAAUUGGAUCAUCGCAGCUUCGCAAAGUCAGCCACUGUUACACUGACUGUAGGCUCAAACAUGAUAGAUGGCGCAGUCCAUAAAGCAAGACGAGCCUAGCUCGCGAGACGUGUUGUGUUACCUGAAAAAAAAGAAUGUGACAACAUGGUUGCACUUCGUAGUGAUUUACUGGAAAAUUAUCCUGUCUAAGUUCUUUCUGUAAUUUGGGUAAGAUAUUUUCAUAUAAAAUUAUGUGGUUGUAGGUAAACUACAUGUAUAUAUAUUGGAAAAUGUAUGCAACCAAAGUGAGAAAAUAGCUUAGGAAUUUCGAUUUUAGAUUGAAAUCUCAUUUCCCCAUGCACUA